AUGCCACCAAAACCACCCCCCCUAACCCUCAUAGUCGCCACCACCCCAAUUCCCUCCACCCCCACCACAACAACAGGCCAACAUGCCCCCCUCCGCCUCGGCAUCGGCCUAAACGGCACCCUCCCCUGGCCGCGCAUCAAAACCGACAUGUCCUUCUUCGCCCGCAUCACCUCGCGCCCGCCCACACACCCUCCUGCCGGCAGCAACCUGACGAACGCAAUCCUCAUGGGCCGCAAAACCUACGACUCGAUCCCGGCCUCGCUCCGUCCGCUCGGCAAACGCAUCAACGCCGUGGUCACGCGGUCCGUCGAGGAGGUCGCGCGACGCGUGCAGCACGACCUCGACGGGAAACGGGGGAAGGAGGCGGAGAAAAUGCGCGCGGCUGAGCAGGGCCAGGGUCUAGGGGAAGGGGAAAGGGGGGCAGCACAAGGGCCGCAGACCGACGCGAUCGUGUGCGCGGGGUUGGAGGAGGCUGUCACAGAACUCGAGGCGAGGUACGGCGCGGAGGGGAAACUGGGGCAGGUGUUUGUGAUUGGCGGGGCGGAGAUCUAUGGUGCGGCGUUGCGGGUGAAAACGCGCGGGGUGCGGAUUGUGAUGACGUUUGUGGAGAAGCUGGCGUUCCAGGAGGAUCGCGGGCGGGUGUUUGAGUGUGAUACCUUUUUCCCGGUGGAUGAGGAGUUACUCCAGGAGAGGUGGUGGAGGAGGGUGAGUGCAAGGGAGGUGUCGGACUGGGUGGGGGAGACGGUGACGGAUGAGUGGAUUGUGGAGGGGGAGGUUAGAGUGAGGAUGGUGGGGUAUGAGCGGGUGGAUUGA